UGCAAUUUCAUUUCUCGGACUCCCUUUUCUCAGCUGCCAAACAGAUUCCCGAACACUAAUCCCCGCUCACUGGCCUGAGAAAAUUCGCCGGUUAUUCGAUCUCGUCGUCUCCACAGAAUCGUAAUUAGGAGGAGUAAUUGCGACUACUCCUGUCAAGUUCGGAGGGUGGAAAAAUGAUCGGAGCAAGCAAGAUCAAGCAGUACUCCAAUGUCCUCGAGAAACCCCUAAGCAAGGGCAAGCAGGAGGUUAGUUUGAGUGCAUUUGCAUUUUUAUUCUCGGAGCUUGUUCAGUAUAACCAGACGCAGGUUGACAACAUUGCUGAAUUAGAGCGAAGGUACGGCGUUAUUUUGUUAUUACAAACAAUGUUUCUUGGUCCUUGGGCUGCUGGUUCCGAAAUAGUGCAUAAUCAAUUGUGCAGGUUGGAGGAUGCAGGAUAUGCUGUUGGGGCUCGAUGCCUAGAACUUCUUUGCCAUAGAGAGAAGGGUAAUCGACGUGAAACACGACUCUUGGGGAUUUUGUCUUUCGUUCACAGCACCGUUUGGAAGGUUUUAUUUGGCAAAGUGGCCGACUCCCUUGAGAAGGGAACUGAACAUGAGGAUGAAUACAUGAUCAGUGAGAAAGAACUCCUUGUCAACAGAUUUAUAUCCAUUCCAAAAGACAUGGGGACUUUUAACUGUGGGGCUUUUGUUGCUGGAAUAGUGAGGGGUGUGUUGGAUAGUGCUGGUUUUCCAGCAGUGGUAACGGCUCAUUUUGUUCCCAUGGAAGGCCAGCAACGACCUAGGACGACUAUUUUGAUAAAAUUUGCGGAGGAGGUGCUAAGAAGAGAAGCAAGGCUAGGGUAAGGAUUUCAAUGAAAAUGCUGAUGUGUAAUGUUCUUCUCUGGCAUGCACCAUGUCGAGAGUCAAGACACACGACGAUGGACAUUUUAGUGGUGUUUUAGCAAACUGCUAACUGCUGCAGGAAGCUUUCUGAAAAAACUUUAGUUGUGGUAUCGCCGGAUUCUGUUACUACCGUUAUUUUGGUGGUGUGCUUUCUUAAGUGGAUCUUGUAAUAGAGCGACUAUUGAUCAUCAACUGCGCUCAUUGUAAAGUAGAAGGUUGUCACAGUUUAGUCUUCACAUGAUGAACUCUGAAUUAGAUUGUUGAACUGUUUGCAGAGCAAAAUGGAAUGCAGAUCUUUAUUGGAUUAUUCUCAUCUUCCCUUAUCCCUAUCAUUACAAUCCUGGAAUCGUGUUGAAACCUGCAAGCAGAAAACCCCAUACAGAAUGCAACAGAAGAGAACUGGAACACCAAAGUAACACUAACCAAAACUUCAUUUUUUUAGACUUUUAUUUCAUAUUGAUUUUUUUUUUUUUUUGUUGUUGUUGCCUCUUUAAUGAGUACUCUGUCCAUUCUCAACACCAAGACCAUAUAGCACACCAACGUACUUCUCCGUCGAACCAUUGAAGAAACUCUCUUUCAAUUUCAUGAAUGUACAACAAGUGAGCAAACUAUCCGACCCGGCUUGGUGACAUAUCCCGAUCCUCUCGACAUCCAAGAGCUCGGCCAGCUUGUUCAACCCACCAUGAAGGCUAUUGCAGAACUUCACCAAAUGCUUUAUAUCAUACAGCACGGGGAAGUACAACCUGAUCAGCUUGAAGAAUUCCGCCUGUGUCUCAGGCAAAUUCUUGCAAGUAAGCAACUUUAAGAGGUACCCGAAAUCAUACCCACUAUGGAAGGUAACCCAAUGAACAUUGUCAUUCAACACGAUCCCGGACGACAUCAGCAGCUCGCUGAAACGCUUCGCAUCAAUACCCAUCUCGUUGUUCUUUCUGAAAUCAAUGCCACACUGUGAGAGAAGCUCGAUGGAGUCAUCGGCGUAGACAUCUUCACUCGGGUUGAACUCUCGGAAGUUGAAUUGCCAGACGCAGAACUUGCCAGUUCCACAUGUGGGCAAGUUGCCUUUGUCGUCGGAGAAAGUGAGGCCGAGCUGGAUUAGCUUGAGAAGGUCGACGUUGGCCUUCAAUGUUAAGUAGUUGUAAUCAGAACCAUUUUUGAAAUUGCCUACGGGCCGUAGCACGAUGCCAGGGAACUCUGUGUCCAUCGCGAUGAAAGGGUAAUCGUCAACUAUGUCCCUUAUCAGCUCGAGUUCGUCUUCGAGGUUGUCGCUCCAUACGUCACGGAUGAUUAUGGACUCGCUCUUUGGCAGAAUCGACAUUUCCUUCUCAGAAACCAAGAACUCUACCCUCUGCACGCAGAAAGAACAGAAUAAAAGAUCGUACCUUUCUAGCCGAAAGCGCCCCAAUCGCAGAGGGGGGAUUGAGCUUUUUCGCGCCGGAAGUGAAAAUUCUCUCCUGGGAGUUUCUCGAGAAAAUCUUUGUGGGGUUUUCUUAUCAACAAGGUACGACAACGAUGAAAUGAUA